AUGUUAAACCAUUUGGCUUCAACAUCAUUCCACUUCGAUGUUGGAGGCAAAGUUGAGUAUGAUUCUAGGGAUGGAUGUGCAACAUCAGAGGAUAUCUACUGGAAAUUGGAUGCGUUGCAAGGAUUCGUGCAAGAUCUGAACUGGCCUGAAGAAGAGUUUGCAAAAUACUUACAAGUUCGAAUGAAAGCACUCGCGAGUGAAAUGAUCAGUAAAUGUGCCAACUGGUAUGCGAUGAUAACAUUUCUAAUGUUCUCUGUUAUGUUACAAAAUGCGGUAGUGUAA